AUGCGCGUCGCCAUCGUUGGAACCGGUUCAUUCGCCAAGCACUUCAUCGACGAGCUGCCUGCCGCUGGACACGAAAUCGUCGUGCUGACCCGUUCGCACAAGGACUUCCUGGACGGGAAGAAGGGCGUCGUGGAGCAGCGAGUCACCGACUACUCGUCCGUGGCGCAGCUCGCAGAAGUGUUCAACGACUGCGACGCACUCGUGAGCACGGUCUUCGAUAUGAAAAACCCGAGCGCCGACACCCACUUGAAGCUGCUUGAAGCGUGCAAGCAGACACCCAAAUGCAAGCGCUUCAUCCCAGCGGAGUACGGUGGCAACGCGGAGGACUUCUCCGAAGACGAAGAGAACAUGGACAGCCACAAUGCGCCGCUGAAGAAGGCGCUCCGGGACCCGAAACCACCGGACCUCGGUACUCUCCACCCGCUCGAUCUGAGCGCGCGGACGAUGAACAUCCCUGGCACGGGCAACGACGUGUUCUCGACCACCAGUGCGCGUGAUAUGACCAAGGCGGUCGCGGAGCUACAGAAAAGCCCCAACAAGUGGCGUCCGUACACGUACGUGCAAGACAUGGAGACGGCGUGGCUGCAACUCGCCGAGCUGGUGAAGACGGAGGGCGGAAUGCCCGACCUCAAGGUGUCCUUCGAGCCAGUGAACGAGAUCCAGGAGGCGCUCAAGAAGAAGGAGUCGCACUUCUCCGCGCUUGUGGCCGAAUUCAAGAUGCUCGUCACGACACGAGCAGCUCGUGCCGUCUGGAAGGAGCUGCUCGAGGCCGUGAAGCAGGACCCGAAGGUGGUCAUCUAA